UAGUUGUAGUGCAUGUGAUGGAGCUAAGAAAAUGUGAACCCGAAGCUUGAUUCUCUAACCUUCACUUUUCCUAGUCAUCAAUCCUUGUCCGUUCUUCUUAAAGCAAUACCUUGCCUUUAUAAUCCCAUUUUCUCAAAUCCACGAUUUCAAUUUAAUUACAAGAGAUAAUUGAGACCCACAGUAAGGAAAGCAAGAGAGAAGAUGUCGGAUUGGGGGCCAGUAUUUGUGGCGGUGGUGCUGUUUAUACUCUUAACACCAGGUUUGCUGAUUCAGAUACCGGGUCGUCAGCGAUUAGUUGAGUUUGGCAACUUUCAGACCAGUGGAGUUUCCAUACUGGUUCACUCCAUCCUCUACUUUGCUCUCAUUUGCAUAUUCUUGUUAGCUGUUGGUGUCCACGUAUUAAAUUUAUAUACUACAUAAAUGGCAGACUGGGGGCCAGUGGUAAUUGGGGUGGUGCUGUUUGUGUUGCUACAACCUGGUCUUUUGUUUCAGUUACCAGGAAACAACAAGCAUGUGGAUUUUGGGAGUUUGAAGACGAAUGGAAAGGCUAUAGCUGUUCAUACUCUCAUCUUUUUCACUGCCUAUGCCAUUCUCAUCUUGGCUGUUCAUGUUCACAUCUAUACUGGCUGAUUACUCGAGUACUUGGUAUGUUUGUUUGACGACGUUGUUGAUGGAUGGGCAAGAUCUAUGUGUCUUUCUAUGUUUUUUCUUCCUUUUUUUCGCUAAAGAAGAGAUAGUCUCUUAUAGUUGAUGAUCAUGAUCUAUUAGAAUCUUGGCUGCUAAUCUCAGUAAUUUGAAUAAGAAGCAUGAAGCACUGAUCUUCUAGUGCUGGGUUGAUUAAA